GACCCUGCCGAGGGGAGAUGGGCGCGGCCGCUGGGACCCCUGUGAUUGGCUGAGGGCGGCCACGCGUCGGAGCCCGGGGGCAGUUAAGCACUCCUGUGGCCGUGGCAGGCCCACACUCGACGGGCAAGCGAGGCAGGAUCCUCCCGAGCCACCUUCUCUCCCUGCCCAGACCUGCGCUGAAAUGGCCGCCGUCCCCCUUGGCUUUAACAUCGAUGCCCCACGCUGGGACCAGAGCACUUUUGUGGGACGCCUGAAGCAUUUCCUCAACAUCACUGACCCGCGGACCGUGCUGGUGCCGGAGGAGGAGCUGGACCGGGCCAAGGCCCUGGUGGAAGGCUGCAGGGCCGGGCUGGUGCCGCCGGGAAGCAGCCAGGAGCAGCUGCUCUACGCCAAGAAGCUGUACGACUCAGCCUUCCACCCUGAUAGCGGCGAGAAGAUGAACCUCAUCGGGAGGAUGUCCUUCCAGGUGCCGGGGGGCAUGGCCCUCACCGGCUGCAUGCUCCAGUUCUACCGGACAGUGCCCGCUGUGGUUUUCUGGCAGUGGGUGAACCAGUCCUUCAACGCCAUCGUCAACUACACCAACCGCAAUGCCGCCUCCCCCAUCUCGCUGAGGCAAAUCGGGGUGGCUUACGUCACGGCCACCGGUACAGCCCUAGCCACUGCGGUCGGACUCAACCUCUACACCAAGCGAGCCCCCCCCUUGCUGGCCCGCUGGGUCCCCUUCGCGGCCGUGGCUGCUGCCAACUGUGUCAAUAUCCCCAUGAUGCGACAACAGGAGAUCAUCAAUGGGGUCAUGGUGACAGACAGGGACAACAAUGAGCUCGGCCACUCCAGGAGGGCGGCUGCGAAGGGCAUUGCGCAGGUCGUGGUCUCCAGGAUCACCAUGGCGGCACCGGGCAUGAUUAUUUUGCCCAUCAUCAUGGAGCGCCUGGAGAGAUUCCCCUUCAUGCAGCGGAUCCGGGUUCUCCACGGGCCUCUGCAGGUGCUGCUCUGCGGGGGCUUCCUCCUGUUCAUGGUGCCGGCAGCCUGUGCCCUGUUCCCACAGAGAUGCUCCCUUGCACUGGCUGACCUUGAGCUGGACCUGCGUGACAGCAUCGUGGCCAAGCAUGGGGACAAAGUGCCGUACGUCUAUUUUAACAAGGGACUGUGAACGGACACUACCUCAGGAGCCAUCACACCCCUCCGGCCCCCUGCUACCACCAGCCUCAUGUCCCCUGAGCAGGGCUCAGAGGCAUGGUCCAGCCAGAUCUGCCCCCCAGCCCAGCACCGUCUCUGCUGCGUCCUUCCCCCGGAGAGGCAGGAUCUGGCUCUGCGUGCACAGCUUGCAGCACUUCGGCUUUUUCUGAGCCUCCCCCCAUCUGCUGCUGGCUGUGUCCCUGCCUCCCCAUGUCCUUUUUGCCCUGGGCAAUGGCUGCACUUCCAUGCUUUCCUCCUGCCCUGUGCAGGAGGAUCUGCCCAGCCUGUCUGAGCCUUGCGUGGUCACUGGGCUCGGCUCUGCAAGGCAUCAGGCUCUCUCCCUCGGGGCUCAGAGCACAGUCCUACCUCCAAAAGCCGGUGCCCUGCCAUUGUACCAGGAACCAAACCACGUUGCUGCCUUAAACCACCACAGUGGCCUUUUACCAAGAGCUGGACCACACCUUGGCAGGCAGGAAGGGACCUGUCCCCUCUGUACCGGGAACACCCCAAAGUCCAGGGGCCAAUGCUUGGACCAUGCCUUCCUUGCUCUCAGGUUCAGGUUUUAUUCACUUUGCCAUUGCUACAAUCCAGGAGGGAAAUAGCUAAUUGUUUUUAAGCUCUAAUUUUUGCAAUCUACCCAUUCCUAUGAGCACAAGAGCCAGCCAUCACCCUUAUACUGCAUCUUACUGUCCUCACGGUAGGACCAAGGACCUGCAGCUUUGGGGCACAGUCGA